AUGCAUUCUCUAGACUGUAUUCUCGCCAUCUUGGCGACGGCGUCCCACGUAGCUGCGGUCCCUCGCGUCUCCCGUGUCCGUGAGAGCCCGUCAUCACCGGUCCAAAGAUACCUUGGCCCGCCAACGUCCUAUGUUUAUAACCAAACUCGCGCCGAUGCUGUGAAGCAGACUUUCCAGAUCUCCUGGGACGGAUACUACCAAUAUGCCUUCCCUGGUGACUCUUUGCUGCCUGUCUCAAACACGUUCGAGAAUGAUCGCAAUGGCUGGGGUGCCAGCGCGAUUGAUGCGCUCAGCACAGCACUGAUUCAGGGCAACACUGAGGUUGUCAAUCAGAUCCUGGACUUUGUGCCCACCAUUGACUUCAGUGUCAGCUUCAACGACACUGAAGUGUCUUUGUUUGAGACUACCAUCAGGUAUCUUGGUGGCCUCCUAUCCGGCUAUGACCUUCUCAAGGGACCUUUCUCAACCUUCGUGAAUGACACGAGCAAGAUUGAGCCCCUGCUGGAACAGGCCAAGAACCUGGCUGAUAACCUCAAGUUCACUUUUGACACACCUACUGGCAUCCCGGACAACAGCCUCUUCCUUGACCCUCCCAGGAUUGGGAAUUCGACCUCCAACGGUGUUGCAACCACCGGCACGCUCAUCCUGGAGUGGCAGCGUCUGUCUGACCUGACAGGCGACCCCUCGUACGGCGAGCUUGCGAAGAAGGCGGAGUCGUAUCUGAUCAACCCUCUCAACCCGGAGCUGGGUGAGCCGUUCCCUGGUCUCAUCGGCACCGACAUAUCGAUCAGCAACGGCUCGUUCCUGGACUCUAAGGGAGGCUGGACGGGAGGUACGGACAGCUACUACGAGUACCUGAUCAAGAUGUACUUGUACGACCCCGAAACCUUCGCGGAUUACAAAGACAAGUGGGUGGAGGCCGUCGACAGCAGCAUCGAGUACCUGGCGAGCCAUCCGACCAGCAGGCCCGACCUGACGUUCUUGGCUUAUUACCGCAAUAACACAGAGACUGGCAUUGUUUACCUCUCGCAGCAUCUCGCGUGCUUCGAUGGCGGCAACUUCAUCCUGGGCGGUCUGACGCUCAACGAGCCGUCGUACAUCGACUUCGGGCUCGAGCUGGUGGCGGGCUGCCGCGAGACGUACGUGCAGACGGCGACCAAGAUCGGGCCCGAGACGUUCCGCUGGCUGGGCGAGAAGUCGCCGGCCAACGCGACCGUGCCGCCGGGGAACGAGACCUUCUACGAGCGCGCGGGCUUCUACAUCGACAGCGCCGACUACGUCCUGCGGCCCGAGGUCAUCGAGAGCUACUACUACGCGUACCGCGCCACCGGCGACACCAAGUACCAGGAGUGGGCUUGGGAGGCGUACCUCGCCAUCAACGAGACGUGCCGCGCCGGCAGCGGGUACAGCGCCAUCAACGACGUCAACGUCCCCGGCGGCGGCGGGUUUGCCGACUUCCAGGAGAGCUUCUGGUUUGCCGAGGUGCUCAAGUACAGCUACCUGAUCCAUGCUGAGGACGCUCCAUUCCAAGUCAAGGCAGACCACACGAAUGAGUACGUGUACAACACCGAAGCUCACCCCGUUCGGAUCCCUGGCGGGGAGAGCACGGCGCGAUAG